CAGUGAUUGUUAGCUGAGAGAGCCUGUGAACCCCAAUAAAACCCAUUUCUCAUAAAAAUCUUUUCUUGAUAGAAAUAAAUAAAACAUAAACGGCCAAAGUAUUUACUCCCACCGGAAGUAUGGACGUCCAUCUUCUGCUUCUUCCUCCGCACAACACAUCGAUAACCCAAUCCCUGCGUCCUCCUCAUUCCGAUUUUGCCCAUCAUAUUUUCCGACUCUCUAGCCGUUCCAGUGCCAGAUUUAGCCCUAGAACUCACUCUUCUUCUACUUCCCACUCUCAUGUUUCAUUUAUAGGUCGGUUAAAACCCUUUACUCUGUCUGUCCGUUGCCACCCGAAUUCCGGCACCCCUUCACCAAAAUCUGAUGGAGAAGACAUCGUUCCCGUCUUAGGUAUAGAUGAAACUUUGUCUAAGUUCCAACAUCGUACGCAGAUAUUCUUUGCUGUUCUGUUUUGGAUGUCUCUCUUCUUUUGGGCUUGUGCAACAGAUGGGAAUAAUGAUGGCGGGUCAAGCAAGCGCUCUGGCUUUAGAAGAUGACUAUUGACUAGUGUAAGCAUUUAUUUUGUAAAUACGAAUAGUUAUAGGAGUGUAUUAAAUUUUUAUUUUUUUACUUUCAAAUAAGAAAUGACUUUGCCUUGUAGAUACGGGUUGGUCAAGAACCUGUCUUGGUUGUUAAGUCUAUGUGAUAUUAUGCCAAAAUGUAGAUUGUUUUGUAUGAAUAUUUAUCAAAUGCGAAAUCCUGAAUAUAUGGUUACUGUUUCAGAAUGAAAAGGAUUUGGUGGGUUUGUUUGUA